GUUUAUUUAAUGAAAGAGUGAAAUGAAAACAAAGAUCUGACACCCUACUUGUCAGCAAACAAAGAAACGCAAAAGACUUUUAUCAUCUCUCAGUUGCAAGUUUGUGAUAGUAUCCCACACCCAAAAGAUCAAAAUUCCAAAAAACCCUCUCGCUAUCUCUCAAGAAGACGCAGUAAACUGGUGGAGAGAGAAAACCCAAUUACAGAUAAUGGUAAAAUAAAGAAGAAAACCCCCCCAACACCCAAAACGAUAAAGCAAUCGGAUCAAGAAACUGUCACUCGUCUAUUUCAACAAACUACAGUGAAAUGCACAAUACCUGCUCCCAAUUCUCUGCGAAAUUCGGCACGGAGCACAUGUUUGUGAGUGGAAUAAUCUUGAGGGACACAAAAGUGUUUGUGAAGGGUAACAAUUAUUAGAAAGUUUUAGGCAUCAUUUGGCAUAAGAAAAGAACUAGAAGAUGGCCUCUGCUAGCCUAGGACAUGGGGGAGUUGGGAGUUCAAGAACAGUUAGUGGCUUUAAUGAAUCGUCUAGUGCUGCAGUUGAUCGAUUGGGGAGGGGAAUGCUUGAAAUGCGUAUUAGAGACAAGGUGGAACGUGAUGAUGACAAAGUCAGUGAUAGUGAACCAGUGAUGAUACAUGGGGCGGGUACAGAAGCUGGACAUGUGAUAAGAACAACAACUGGAGGGCGUAAUGGUCAACCUGAACAGACUGUGAGCUACAUAGCAGAGCAUGUGAUUGGGACUGGCUCUUUUGGUGUUGUUUUUCAAGCUAAAUGCAGAGAAACAGGGGAAAUUGUGGCAAUCAAGAAAGUUCUUCAAGACAAGCGUUACAAGAACAGGGAGCUACAAAUCAUGCAAAUGUUGGAUCAUCCAAAUGUUGUGGCAUUAAAGCAUUCGUUCUUUUCAACCACUGAAAAAGAGGAGCUUUACCUCAAUCUUGUUCUUGAUUUUGUUCCUGAAACUGUUAGCCGAACUGCAAGGCAUUACACUAGGAUGAACCAACGAAUGCCAUUGAUAUAUGUCAAGUUGUAUACCUAUCAGAUAUGCAGGGCACUUGCAUAUAUUCAUAAUUGUAUCGGGAUAUGUCACCGUGACAUCAAACCACAGAAUUUACUUGUGAAUCCACACACACAUCAGCUGAAACUUUGUGACUUUGGAAGUGCUAAAGUUCUAGUGAAAGGAGAGCCUAAUGUUUCAUAUAUCUGUUCAAGAUAUUAUCGUGCCCCAGAGCUGAUAUUUGGUGCCACUGAAUAUACAACAGCCAUAGACAUAUGGUCAACAGGCUGUGUCAUGGCUGAACUACUACUUGGACAGCCUCUGUUUCCUGGAGAAAGUGGUGUUGAUCAAUUGGUUGAGAUUAUCAAGGUUUUGGGAACACCUACAAGAGAGGAGAUAAAGUGUAUGAAUCCAAACUACACUGAGUUCAGGUUUCCUCAAAUUAAGCCUCAUCCAUGGCACAAGGUUUUUCAGAAGCGAUUACCUCCUGAAGCAGUGGAUCUUGUUUGUAGGUUUUUUCAGUAUUCACCCAAUUUGCGCUGCACUGCUUUGGAAGCAUGUGUCCACCCCUUCUUUGAUGAAUUGAGGGACCCAGCUACCCGUCUUCCCAAUAAUCGUCCCCUUCCUCCACUCUUUAAUUUUAAACCACAAGAGCUUGCUGGAAUUCCAAGAGAGACUGUUCACAGGCUUAUCCCAGAGCAUGCUCGGAAACAGAACUUGUUCAUGGCUUUAAACAUUCAGUGAAUUUGGGCUAUUUUGUGUCUGCACCAAUAUGCUUCUUAUUACUUGUAUGUUAUUGUUACGUAUGAGCUUGUUGUUAUGAUAUGAGGCUGAGUUGGGUAUAGAAAGUGAGCCUAAAGUUUUUAAAUCGUAAUAUAUAUUUUUGUGGUUUGUUGUAUUUGUUAAUUGAUUUCCUUCCAUUUUGGUGUCGUAUUCAUCCUAGUAUAUUGUCCCUAUGCCCUAGCAGUAAGUAGGUGAGAAUCUUUAGGUGAAAUCUCAGGUUCAAUUCUUCCUUUUUUGUUUGGGGGACUAUUGAUUUAUUUCCUCAUAUUGACUUGCAACGCCUCUCAAUGUUCAAGCUCAUGCAUGCAUGUCUUUACCUUUAUAUAUGGCACCCUUUAGUUGCACGUUGAAUAUGAUAGCACAUACAACUUGUGUGUAAUAUGUUUUUUCCUUCUUUAAUUCCUUGCAUUGUAGUUCUUUGUUGUGUACAAGGAAAGUUCCGAUCAUCAAGUUAACAAACCGGUAUUAGAGGCUUCAUCAAUGGCUGAGUUUUCAAGUAGUAUGUGGUGUCAAGAAACUUAAUAACCAAAACUACAACUCUUGAUCGACUUGCAUUAUCUCAUAUAUGCAGGGACAAUAUUUGUGCAAGUUGUGAGUUGUCUAACUGUUACGACAAUGGAGUUCUAUUAAUGUGGAAGAUCAAGGCGGUUAAAGGCUAUCUUUAUUUUGAAGACAACCCUUGGAUAAGAUGUAUUAGAACAUAUUAGAGAUGUGAUGACUCCUAAGAAGCAUGUGAUACUCUAUAUGCGUUGUUUCUCUUCACACAAAACUUCAACUCCUUG